AUGGACGCGUUGCAGCGAUCCCUGGAGAAGCGAGAUGACUGGGCCGAGCGCUGCCGCUCUCUGAAGAGACUGCAAGGUUUAGUGAUGGGCAGCUCGCAGCUGGAGGGUUUCGUGCUGGCUUUGCUGCGAUUGCGGGAGCUGCUCUUGGCGCAGGUCACGGACCUCCGCUCAGCGCUGGUCCGCGAGGCCUGCGUGGCCCUGCGGCUGCUUGCCGAGGCGUUUGGCAGCGAGAUCGAGGUGCUGGCUGCAGCUGCUCUUCCUGUUCUUCUGCGCAGCACGUCCGUAACAAUCCUGGUCAUUGCAGAAAGCUGCUUCCGCUGUGCUUGCGCCAUCGUCGGAGCCUGUCAGGCCCCACGAGUUGUCCAGGCACUUCUGGAGCCUAUGAGUGCACGCAGCGGUGUGCAGCGUCAUCGCGGGCUGCAGGUGCUCCUGCUGGCUCUGCAGAGCCACCCGACGGAGCGGCUUGAGCGUCUGGCCGAACCGCUGCAGAAGGCCAUCCGUGAUGGCCUUGAAGAUGCUCGUGAAGAGGUCCGUGGCUCGGCCCGACAGUGCUUCUGGGCCUUCACGCAGAAGUUCGAGGAGCGGGGCCUGCGAUUCCUGGCCCUUCUGGAUCCAGCAAGGCAGCGCCAGCUCAAGGCAGAGGCCCCGACAGGCGAAGGCGAGAACUGUGAGUCCGGGCACAUGCGCAGAAUUCGCAGCUAA